GUCUUAUCUAUAGGAUGCGCACUCUACAAAUCCAGUUGUUGCAGCCCUUGGUCCGGCCUGGCUACAAGCCAGCUGCAUUGUCUGUUGUGGGAUCCACUGUACAAGUCUUGUCGAAUUCUUCUUUUCAUUGCAGUAUUAAACCUAUUCACAACAACCUCAAGCUUUGCUCGGCUAAUACUUUGAAUGAUAGACCAUGCUGCUCCAUCAUUCUCUCUCACAACCGAAGAUUGCAUGCAACAGCAUCAUCCAUGGCUAAACGCAAUCCCUAUGAUGUGAUUGGUGUAUCAAAAACAUCUACCGCCAACGAAAUCAAAAAAGCAUAUUAUCAGCUAGCAAAGCAGUAUCAUCCAGAUACAAACAAGGAUCCAUCCGCCAAAGAAAAGUUUGUUGAAAUCCAACACGCUUACGAGAUUUUAAGUGAUGAACAAAAAAGGGCCCAGUUUGAUCAGUACGGAAACGUUGAUGACUCGUCACGCCAAGGUGAACAUGGGUUUUCGGGUGGAUUUCCGGGUGGAUUUCCAUAUGGCUUUAGUGGGUUUGGUGGGGAAAGUGCUGAUUUUGGCGGGGAUAUAUUUGAUCAAAUCUUUCAAAAGUUUGGCGGCCAGAGUAAUGCCAGAGGUGCAAGCACGGGUGAAAGUGUUCUUGCCGGCACAAGACUUUCAUUUAUGGAGGCAAUCAAGGGUGCUAAAAAGUCGAUUGUGUUUGUUGGUAUCCGUGGAUGUGCUCCUUGCUCUGGCUCUGGCACCAAACCUGGCCACAAAAAAACUACAUGCAUAACAUGCAAAGGAUCUGGUCAGAUGUCGCUUCAUCGGGGCGGUUUCCAAAUGUUUACCAAUUGCCCUACAUGUGGCGGUUUGGGGACUAGCAUUGCACCAGAAGCCAAAUGCACGUCAUGUAAUGGUGCUGGACUGGUUCGCGAACGCCAAUCUGUUACAGUGGAUAUUCCCGCCGGUGUCGAGGAUGGUAUGAAAGUUCGUAUUUCUGGUCAAGGAAAUGCAUCUCUAUCUGGCCAAGGACCGAACGGGGAUCUAAUUGUUACAGUACAGGUGGCUGGACACCCUAUUUUCAAAAGGGAUGGCGCCGAUGUACACAUACAAGCGACCGUUCCUCUUCAUAUUGCUAUACUUGGUGGCUCGAUUCGUAUUCCGACUGUAGAUGGUGAUGUCGAUCUGACUAUCCCGCCUGGCACGCAACCCAAUGAACGCAAGGUGCUUCGACAACGUGGUGCACCCAAUGUGUCGUCACGACAUGGGUUUGGCAGCAGCUCGCGCGGAGACCAGUGGGUUACAUUGGAAGUGGAGAUUCCAAAAUCGCUCACAAGUGAGCAAAAGCGACUGAUGAUGGAGGCAUUUGGAGCCAAGAGCACCACAUCAACAAGUGAUGGUUCUUCCAAUUAUAAUAAGUCAGACACCUCGCCUCGUGCCACGUCAUCAGACGAUACAUCAGGAUCAAGCAAAACUGAAGGUGGUUUUAUGCAAUUCUUCAAGGAUCUAGCAGGACGAAGAAAGGGCAGCACGGAACAAUGACAAAUUAAAUAAAGUCGUAUUUUUAUCAAG